AUGUCGAUAAGCAACAAAGUGGCUUCGAUGUUUCGUCGCGAACGUCGAGACAGUGAGACCUCCACUGAUUCGUGGUCUCUCGUUGAGGAAGGUGAACUAUUUUUAACAAACUUUGCAGCUUUCGAUAAGUAGUUAUAGCAUUUUUGAAACGGUCUCUCACGGUGAUUUUUUUUGUGGGGCCGCAGUGAGACAAGGAAGAAAUUGUCCCGUGAACUGUCGGCGGCACGCUCUCCACGCUUUUUCCGUGCGUGCCGUCGGACGAAUACUGACUCAUUUCACUAGAUUUUUUGGGUUUCAAUCAGUGUGCCUUACCGAAAGGGUUUCGGUAAAUUUACCGGUAAAAAUUUCGGUAAAUUGUCGGUAAAUUUUCGGUAAAACUUUUUUUUACAGAAAGAGUUUCGGUAAAUUUUCGAAACAAUUUACCGAAAAUUUACCGAUAAAUUUACCGGUAAAUUUACCGGUAAAUUUACCGAAACUCUUUCGGUAAAAACGUUUUUACCGAAAAUUUACCGAAAUUCACUUCUUUCGGUAAAAAAAAUUUCGGUAAGGCACACUGGUUUCAAUCAUAAUGAACGCAUUCACGAAGAGAAUGAAUCCCCCCAAGAAAAAUCACCGUGUCUGCAAAGCUUACAAUGGGCACAAGGGCGCCCCGCCAAAGCCACAACAAAUUUGGUGUUUUUUGCGAAAUUGGCGACGAAAAUUCGAUAAUUUAUCAUUGGUGCAUCAGAGAAAAAGUGCUCAAUUCAUGAAAACGUCACUUGGCGCAGCUCUGGUUCAAAGUUAUGCAUUGUAAGCUCUGGUUCAAAAGUUCAAAAUAUUGCUUUUAGAUUCAGCACAAAUUCCAAUCCUGAACAGAGAAUUUGUCUCGAACAAAACCAAUUUUUUCAAUUUCCAGAUGACGAUUUCUCUCUGAACUCGACGGAAGCCGAGGAGGAGGACGAGAAUGAGGAAAAAAGUGCGGAGCCGAUAGUCGAAGAGCCGCCCACUUCGGACGACGACACCGCUUCGGAGCACUCGGAUUCUGAAUCCGAUCCGGAUUCCGAAGAUUCUGAAUCGGAUGUGAGUGACGAGUCGGAUUUGGAGGCUGAGCAAGAGGUCGAGGAAUCAAUCGAAUCGGACGAGGAUUCGGAUUUGGAGAUUCAGGAAGAAUCCGAGUCGGAGGGAGAGGAGGAGAUGACGGAUUCUGAUAAGGAAGCGGCGAGAAAGUGCAAGGAGGAGGACUGGGAACACGAAAUCGAACAGCAAGAGGAGGAGGAAUGCGAUGGUGAGUACGGAUGUACUUUGGAGGCAUAACGGUCACUGGUUCAUGGCAUUUCUUGUUUGUUUUCAGAGCUGCACCCGCGUCCGUUCGGCCGCAUCGCUCUCUGCAUUUCGCUGUUCGUGCUGCUGUUCCCGGUGGCCGACGUGUUCACCAGUUGGGUGCUCACCUACCAGGCCCGUCUUGCCGAGCCCUUUGACGUUUGCAAAGGUCAUAGCCCGCAGCGCUAUGACCGGCUGAGUCGAUUCAGGCUGUUGAGCCGAUGGGAGCCGUUGGAACGUCUCGAGAAACAGUUCAAGGAAGAGGUGAAUUUCUCGAAAAAGAAGAGUCAGGAAAAGAAAUAUUUGCAGCCACUCACCAUUGAGUGCCUGGACGAACGUGUAGGACCGUACAAACCGCCGAACAUUGAGAAUACACCGCCGCCAUUUCCGGUAAACAUUUUUCAAGUGUUUUCUUAAUCAAAGGCGUUCCGCGAUUUUCGCUGAAUUUUUCAAACAUCGAGUGAAGUACACACACGACAGACCGACUAUUCUUGUCAAAUUUGGAACUUUUGGCACGUAAAUCCCCCACUUUACCUUAAAAAUGUGUUCAAUAAAAUUUUCGAAAAAUCCUAAAAUUAUUCCCGUUUUAAAGAAAAGUCGUAAAAAAAAUCGCAAUAAUGUUGGCGCUAAUCUAUCAACGUUUUUUCUUCUCAGCCGGUCACCAACGAGUACGUGAACGUCUUCGAUGAACCCUACAAACCGCCGAAAAUCGAUGAUGAUGAACCGGCGGUAAGAGCAUUUUAACGAGAUUUCCUCCAAAAAUUAAACACAUUUUUGCAGCCGCUCAUCAACAUCUUCGAUGAACCAUACAAACCGCCGAAAAUCGAUAACAAACCAGCGAUUCCGGACCCAAGAUUGGCCGAAACGUUGACGCUGUGUGCGUGGGCGAAUUCGGGCCUCCCAAACAUUACGGACCGCACGAAGUACUAUCCGUGCUGGACCACAUUUUCCGAUUAUAACGCACCGAAAUCGUCGUCGUCGGCCGCGCUGGCGCCAAUCCCGCCGGCUCCCUUCACGCCUCGCAAAAAAGUCGAUAGUUUCGUGCCACGCCAUCAGCCGUGUUUGGUGCACGUCAACGAGAGCCGUUGGAGCUGUCAGCGAAAGAAAAUGGUGCCGUCGGUGAUUCGCAAUCAUCUGGCCUACACGCCCGCCGCCGUUUACAAGGGAAAAACGAAGAGCCGCGGGAAGAGUGGAGAGAAAUUUAAUAAGAAGGAGAAGAAGCCGGAAAUUUGUGGAAAGGUAAGAUUGGAAAGCAUUUGGGGGACCGAAGAACUAGCCUUUAAAGAAAUUUUCAAUUUCCAGAAAGCCAGCGAGUCGAUGAGAACCAUGCCAAAACCGACGGACCAAUGCGAAUCGCGCCAUUUUUCGAAAUUCACUCCCCGCCGAAAACACAUUGGCUACAAGGCUCCGCUUCCGUGCAAAGCGCCCAACUACAGUAAUGUUUUCAGAAUUUUUCAGGGCUUGACUUUUGACCCACUUGCUAGGGAUGCAGAACAGACGAUGUCAGGCGCCUGUCCUGCAUCCCUAUCACUUGCAAUGUUCCGAUCGGACCCAGUCUUUGCAGGCUUCUUGCCCUUGAGUUGAUGUAUGUUGGGUCCGAGUUUCAGACCGAUCCGAUUGCCCUGUCCCGAGAUAUGUGGAUCCGGAUAGUCGGAUCGGUCUGAACCAUGGUCCCAAAAGUGCGCUCCAACCAACGACACUGACGUGUUGCCGACUGUUUUUUAUGUGAAACAUUUCCACAGUAACCCUUUUCAUUGCAGGACCCACCACACCGAAACCGGCCCGAAAACCGUCGCAGCCGUACGAUGAUUGGUUCCUGAAACGCAGCGAAAUUCGUGCUCAACUUCGCCAUAAAGCCUAG